AAACUCUAUUUUCAUGCAGAUUGUGUAUUCAAAUUUAGUAUGUAUUUUCCUGUUUUCGUUUAGGAUGAUUGGUUUUCUACCAGUUGUAGUUUAUUAACUGGUUUCCGUUCAUGUGUUUUACAAAGAUAUAGGAAAUUUUCACGUUAUAACCGAGAUGUAUUUAGCUAAUGUACUUAAGUAUUUUUUGAUCGUUGUUGUCACCUUGCUUGCUAGUAUGGCCGAUUUCAGCUUUCCUUUCUGCUUUGCUGACGUAUCGUUGUCCAAGAAAGCUAAAGAGACGUGUCCAUCAACAGAUCCUAACUGUAAAUUAAGCAAUGAGCGAGAAGGGGAUUAUCGACUCUACCAAAUAGAUGGAGUUGAGACUGGAUUUGUCCAACAUGUUAAGUUACAAGGAAUUAGCUACAAAAUAAUCACACGAAGUAUGAAACCUUUAUUAUUUGAAAUCCCAGACUUUCUGAGUGAAAACGAGUGUGAUCGUAUUGUACAGCUAGCUAAUCAAGAAGGUUUAAUGGAUAGUGGGACCCUGGAUACUGGAUAUGACGAUUUUGGUUUUAGAAAUGAAACCAAUCAUGAUAGUGAUGAAAGCGAUUCUAGUGAAAACGAGUCACAGUGCAAAGAAUUCAUGGAUUCCUUUGACAAGAGCAGCGAUAGAAAACUUAAUGCUGAAGAGCUAAAGCCUUUCUUUGACAUGUAUUCAACUGUACGCUUUAAGGAAAAUGACAUUAGAUCCUUGUUGCUGAAGUUAGGUUUUGAUAAAGACAAAGACGGUGAAUUGUCCUAUCGGGAAUGCUUGAAAGCAAAUGUAUCAGCUUUGGAAGAUUAUAUUGACAAUAUUGAAAGUUCCGAUCCGUUGUACAAAACUCGAUACAGUCAGCAGGCCUGGUUAUCAGUGAAUAAUGACAGUGAUCCUGUUCUGGUUCUACUUCARCAAAGGAUAACCGAGUUAACCAAAUUACCGCGUGAAAUGAUUGAAAAUAGUGAACAUCUACAGGUAGUACGGUAUUCUGUUUAUGGUCAUUUCCAUGCACACUACGAUUCAAGCUUUAAAAAAGAUAAACCAUGUUGUAUUAAGAAUGAAGAACAAGGAGAUACCUGCAACUUGUGUCGAUACGCAACCAUCCUGUACUAUUUGAACAAUGUACCAGAAGGAGGAGAGACAGCCUUUCCUAUUGCUGAUAACGUUACUUACGACGAGGAAGAAUAUCAGAAGAAAGGCCUUGAUAACCUUAGUACGCGAUGCCACGACUCAAAUAUCGUUGUUAAGCCUAAGAAGGGGACUGCUAUACUUUGGUAUAAUCAUCACCUUGACCCCAGCACUGGUGGAAUGGGGACUAUGGAUAAGUAUUCAUUACAUGGCGGUUGUGAUGUGAAAAAAGGAAUCAAAUGGAUUGCUAACAACUGGAUUAAUGCACUUCACAUGCAUUACAAAUGAUUUAAGAGAGAAAACCUUAGAACUUUAUAAACUUCACAUGCAUUACAAAUGAUUUAAGAGAAAACCUUAGAACUUUAUAAACUUCACAUGCAUUAAAAAUGAUUUAAGAGAGAAAACCUUAGAACUUUAUAAACUUCACAUGCAUUACAAAUGAUUUUAGAGAGAAAACCUUAGAACUUUAUAAAUUUUCACAGACGUUAUAUAAAUCCAAUAUUUCACUACAUCAUCACGAAAUAUACAAGAUAUAUCUUUCGUAAUAAAUAAAAGUCACAUGA